CUGAUGUGUACUGAUCAGAUGUGCGCGCACUUGGUCAGCGUUCGCUGUGUGAGCACGUCAGUGAAGCUGUAUCGGGGCUUCGCUACGCUAUGCCUCCAGGUCACGGCGUAAGACUAUCUUACACCGUGCUCUCGGUUGAGCGCAGCGUUGCUGGCGCGCUGUUGACUCUGUCGUAGUUUCCGACAGUAUGUAGUUUCGUCCGUAUCGUCGUGACUUGCGAUCGCCGCUAAGGAUACAGGGUGCGAUCGGCAAGAUCUCGUCGCGGGCAGGAGCUACACGGCUGAAUAGUAAUAAUAGAACACUUCGCGAGCGUCACCUUAAAAGAAAGAAGAAAGCUGCCGGCAGGCCACUUGGACGGCGUGUCAACUGUUCGAUUCGCGCGAAGUUUUUGACGUUUCUUGGCGGAAGCCCGAUAUCGCGAGAUAUCGUGUUCUUCGAUUGCUCGCCGCAAGCGUUGUUCCACAGUCGCAAUGGCUUGCGCUGAGAUGGGACCGCUGAAGACGCUGGACGAACUCCUCAAUUUCAAGGAACCCUUGAUUCUGUGCUCCGUAGAACCACUCAGAGAUGUGAAGCGGGGACUGCCGUGCGACCCGAAAAUUCUCUUCUGCCACGACAUGAUGGGCGGCUACCACGAGGACAGGUUUGUCUAUGGCUGCAGCAGCCAAAACUGCUACCGGUUCCAUCACUGGCAGAUGAUCGACAGCUUCGUCUAUUUCUCCCACUACCUGGUUACGAUCCCACCUCCAGGAUGGAUCUCCGCUGGACAUAAGCAUGGCGUCAAAGUGUUGGGUACCUUUAUUGUGGAGGCCGACCCUGGCACUAAGGUUCUCAACGAAAUUAGGGAGGGCAAGUUGACGUCUAAGGUUGCCUCUCAGCUCGCCCUCGUUGCCGCCGCUCACAACUUUGACGGGUGGCUCAUCAACAUUGAGAGCAAGAUGGAUGACAGCAGCGGCCCGUUCCUCAAGGAGUUCCUCGAGGCCAUAACCUCGGAGACGCACCGAGCUGUGCCCGGAUCGCUCGUCAUAUGGUACGACAGCAUCCUGCUGGACGGGAAGCUGGACUGGCAGAAUGAGCUCAACGACAAGAACUCGUGCUUCUUUGACCUCUGUGACGGCAUCUUCCUCAACUACGGUUGGACUGAGGAGAUGCUUCAGAAGUCGGCGAACCUUGCGGGGGGACGUAGGAGCGACGUCUACGUCGGCAUUGACGUGUUUGCGCGGAACACGAACUACACUGGCGGCUACGAAACGUACAAAGCAGUCAAACAAGCUCGUCAACACGGGCUGUCGUCGGCCAUAUUUGCUGCCGGUUGGGUUUAUGAGACACAGGAAAGGUCAAAGUUUGCGGAACACCAGUACCGGUUUUGGAACUUCCCCAGGCAUUGCCGUUCGGAGUGGCGCCUGAGCACACUGCCCCUGUGCACCAGUUUCUGCCAGGGAUUCGGCAAGAACCUGUACAAAGCGGGGAAGCUGGUGCAGAGAGGGUCGUGGUUUAACCUGUCCGAGCAACAGCUGCAGCCUUGGGACCAGGGUCGCUCACUGUGUGGUGGUUGUGGAGCGGCCGUUGCAUGUACGGACUAUGCAUACAACGGCGGCAGCUGUCUUCUCCUGCGCUUCGCUCCAAGUGCCGAUAAACCAGACGUGAAACCUUACUUCAGAUUGUUUGCCUGCGACCUUCCUCUGGGCUCUUUGAGCAUCAGCUACACGUUCUCCCGGGACGUCAACCCCACGAUUGGCGUCGACAUCGUGCUCGUCUUGAAGGUCCAGGCAUCGUCGGGCGAGAAGGAACGACUGACACUGGGCGUCAUCAUCUCGACGCCCGACGAUAAACGUUACGAAGCCAAACUUGUCCUUUCGGAUGCGCCUGCUCCCGUGAGCUCUGUCGACAGCAACUGUGCUUGGCAGACUAGAAAGUACCUCGUGAAAGAUUUGCAGACCGACCGAGGUGCCACUCUCAGAGAGGUCGGCGUCUCCUUCUUGUUCCACGAGCCGACCGUCGGCGGUAGGUGCCUCUUGGGAGAACUUAUCCUGAAAAGGCCGAACGAUGAAUCCGAGUGUGUGACCGCAAAGAACAGCUCUGGCAGUGAAGGCUUGGAAGACUCUGUACUUGACGUCGGGGCGCCGAGCGAUGCUGCAGAGCCGCAUGCGAAGCGUCAGCGAGUCUAGGACGGCGAGACUUAAAAACAGUUCUCCCGAUGCAGUGGCCUUGGAUGCCAAUAAUUCCGGCACGCUCGAUGACACGCAAGAUGAAGUUAUAGAUUAAAUAAGUCGCAAGCUGCUCACCCA